AAAGCAUUUUGUCCGAACUAUUCGAUACAUUUAGAAUUGUAAACAAUAUUUUAAUAUUGAAUUUAAUUAAAGAAAAUGGCAACGCAAAAGCGCGUGCUAAUUAUCGACAACGGGUCGUACGAAUGCCGCGUCGGUUGGCACGACACUAAGGAACCAGAACUGCGUUUUCGCAAUGUUCUCACCAAGCCACGAAAGGACAGAAAGAAGGACAAUCAAGUGGCGACCGAUGCCUUGGCGCCAUCUUCCUCUGUGGAGGAAUGCAAGGGCAACGGAGAAAUACAAGUGGGCAAUGACAUAACGAACAUCGAGGCGGUACGCGCUCAUCUAAAAUCCCCAUUUGAGCGCAACGUGAUAACCAAUUGGAAUCAUCAGGAGCAAAUUUUCGACUAUAUAUUCACAAAGAUGGGUUUCGAGGGCAAGGAGAGCAUUGCGCAUCCAAUUGUGCUUACAGAGGCAUUGGCCAAUCCCAAUUUGUGUCGCCGCCAAAUGAGUGAGCUGCUCUUUGAAUGCUACGGCGUGCCUGCGGUCUCCUACGGCAUUGAUGCUUUAUACAGCUGGCAGCAUCAUCAGCUGGACCACAGAAAUGUGUCGGAUGCACUCAUCAUAUCCUUUGGCUAUAGCACAACGCAUGUGAUCCCUGUGCUGGCUGGCAGAAUGCAGCUGGAGAACGUGCGUCGUUUGAACGUGGGCGGAUUUCACAUCAUUAAUUAUCUGUUCCGGCUGAUGCAGAUGAAGUAUCCAGUGCAUCUGAAUGCGAUCACAAGUCGCAUGGAGAAGCUAGUACACGAACACUGUCACAUUGCCCUAGACUACCGGGAGGAACUGCUUAAAUGGGCGCAAUUGGACUAUUACGAGGCGCACGUUAUGAAGAUACAACUGCCCUAUAAUCCAGUUACUGCCAGCAAUGCUCUACUAACCGCCGAGCAGAAGCAGGAGAAGCGUCGGGAGCUGGCACUGCGACUGCUGGACAUCAAGAAUCGUCGCGAACGUGAGAAGUUGCAGGAGGAUGAAGAUCACCUGCAGUUGCUCCACAAGCUUAGGCAGCUCUAUGAGCAGCAGAAACUGCAGAAAUUUGAGCGGGCUCUGCAGCAACAGCAGAUUGCGAAUCUAGAGGAGCUGGACAAGCUGAUAGGAACACUAAGUGGACGCAUAAAACGCAUCAAGGAUCGGGCCUCUGGCACGCCGCGACCAAGCAAACAGCAGGACAAGCUGGAUAAGAUGCCCAAGCCGCCGGAGGGCAUGCCGCAGGCUCAGUGGCUGGCAGAGAUGCGUGAGAAGCGCGAGGAGCUGCUGCGUCGCAAACAGGCCAGACAACAACAACGCACAGAGCAGGGCAAGAGGCACACACACGCCGCCCAGGAGCGCAUGCGGAUUAUAUCAACGCUGGCGCGGAGCGAGAAACGUCGCAAGGCCAACAACGGCGAGGAGGAGGACGACGGCUUUGGCAUGAACGACAACGACUGGGACGUAUACAAGCGAAUCAAUCGCUACAAUGACGACAGCGACUCGGAUGCAGAGAACGAGCAGAUGCUCGAGUACGAGAAGAUUCUGCACCACUACGACGCCAGUUUCGAUGAUGCCAACAACGCGGCAAUGCAGGCACUCGCUGCUGCCGAGAACUACCAGCUCCACUUUGGGGUAGAGGAAAUCCGCGUGCCCGAGAUUCUCUUUCAGCCGAGCAUGAUUGGUUGCACAGAGGCGGGUCUGGCGGAGCUCAUUGCCUUUGUGCUAAAGCUUUUCCCGGCCGAUGAGCAGCAGCGUCUGGUGGAUCAUGUCUAUCUAACGGGUAGCUGUGCCCAGUUCCGUGGCCUUAAGGAGAGACUACUUAAAGAGUUACUCGAGCUGCGUCCAUUUCAGUCCAGUUUCGCCAUCUACGAGUCCAAGGAUCCCACCUUGAGCGCCUGGCUAGGUGCUUGCCUCCAGGCCAAAGAGCCGAACUUUAACGAAUCGCUAACCACGCGAUCACAGUACCAGGAACAUGGCAGCGAAUAUUUUAGGGAACACAGUGCGAGCAAUCUCUAUUAUCCUACACCAAAAGAUUAGCUUUUAUUAUAACAAGAAUCUUGUGCCCAAAUAAAUGCCAAGAACUAAAA